CAGAUAGCAAUGCGAUGCGAGCGCCCCAAGCAUAUCGUGGUAACGCUUUUGUACGCCCAUUUGCCCAGAAAAUAGUUGUUUCAAAAUAGUUUUUGAGGUUCUGAGGUUUAAAUCUAGUGAUGUCUAGAGAGUACGAUCAUUUAUUUAAGCUUCUAAUAAUCGGAGACAGCGGUGUUGGGAAGAGUAGUCUGUUACUACGGUUUGCCGACAAUACGUUCUCUGGCAAUUAUAUCACAACAAUAGGUGUGGAUUUCAAGAUCCGUACCUUAGAAGUAGACGGUGAACGUGUCAAACUCCAGAUUUGGGACACAGCGGGGCAAGAGCGUUUUCGUACAAUUACGUCCACGUACUACCGAGGAACGCACGGUGUCGUCGUUGUGUACGACGUGACAAACGGAGAGUCCUUUGCCAAUGUCAAACGAUGGUUGCAUGAAAUAGAACAGAACUGCGACGUUGUCAACAGGAUUCUAGUGGGAAACAAGAACGACGACCCCAGUCGGAAAGUGGUGCUAACAGAAGACGCGCAGCGCUUUGCAGACCAAAUGGGCAUACAGCUUUUUGAGACGAGUGCCAAGGAGAACAUAAAUGUUGAAGAGAUGUUCAAUGCCAUCACACGAAUGGUGCUCAGGACGAAAAAAGAACAGAAAGAGCGGCAGCAGGUGCCCGACGAAAAGUUGCGGUUAAGACCGGGAGCACAGAAGAAACGUAAAUGCUGCUGAUGACAGAUCUCUCUGUUGGGGACCCGCGGAUUGAAGUGUUCGUUUCCACCCCCCGAGCAUUUUGCUUGCAGUCUGGUGCAUGGCCUUGGCACUGAAGCUCCUGGAAUGUGCAGCCAGUCUCGCACACACCGAGUUGUUGCAGUGUCAGCAGUGUCUCUUGCACCUUACCUUACAGGGAAGUAUAUGUAAAUUUUGAGCAAAGUAACAUCAACAAUGCAGAAUGAAAAAAAAAAAAGAAGAAGAAAAAAACGGAUCAUGCACGUCGGUCUCCAAGGGUUACUCGUAUACAUAUUUUCACCAUCGUCGCUUUUCCACGUUGCCAUCAAGCUUUUGUACAAUGAGGCGCAUCCGUCACAAAAGCUUGUUGGUCUGCACCAGGGUACUUCUGUGUCGCGAAUUAUUUGUACUUUUAGUUACCACAAGCACUGCGUUCCACGAGUUUGCCAGUGGGACAGCCCGGAGUAUGGCAGAAGAGCACUUGGAAGUUGUCACCCUGCAUUGCGGCAUAGGCUGUAAAUACAAAUAUCUUCCAGGUAAAGUAAUCACAGGCAUAUAGUGAUUUCAAAACGCAAGAUACAGAUCAUCAGAUAAUGGUCAGCUCCGAGGCGGUCUUGCUGCUCAUAUGUCUGUUCUUUUAGAAGCGUUUUGCUGUAUUGGCUUCUAGCCUGUUUUUUUCUUUAUUAAACAACUUGCCUAGCUUUGCAUUGUUACACUAUGGUGUCAGUAAUGUAAUAUGGUGCACUGAUGUGAUGAAUGUAAGAAGAUGAGAGAGAGUGAAAAAUUGUGAUACUCCGGGGCUGCUACGCAUGGUGGAAGCAACUUUGAAGUAGUGUAAAGGUAUUGUAUAGUAUAAUAUUGUGUGGAUGUGCUGCUGCAUCAGGAACUGCCUGUAGGUGACUCUGUACCACGAAGUUUAGAUAACUGCGAUUUGCAUUGUCUGAAAUGGCACGUGUGUUUGUGGGGCUCCACAAAAUGUACCAAAGUUUGACACUUUUGCUGUCACAAUGUGCAGUCUGUCCACGCUGUUUGUUUGCUGUUCCCCAAUGGUUGCGCCAGUUUUUGUACGCAAUUUUCUGUGCCGUUAAUUUUUAUACUUAUAGGGCAGCCCGAGUGCUGAGUAAAUUAAAAGCAUGAGCUGCAUAGCUAGACAAUUCAUGCAAAAACACUGGUAAUGCCUAUUCAGGUAGGCACCACUGAUCAGUGUGACAAUGUGGCAUGUAACUAAGUUAAGGCUGACAUGGAACAACAUUUCAUCAGUAUUGCUCAGCAUACAGUGAAGUGGAAUGGGAAGGAAGUGUUGAAGUACAUUCUGCAUCAUUGUCAUAGAGUAGUGGUACUACAAUGCUGUACAGUUAUUGUCUAAGGUUUCAGCAUAGUUUGAAAGUUUUGGCUGCAUGUGUUUUACAAUAAAAUCUUCGGUACUUUGCA